CCCUACACUUCCAACAUGUCCUCUCCCUUCUCCGCCCCCAGCACCAGCGACAGCUUCAACGGUAGCAACUGGGAGGACAAGAACAUCCGACGCAUGUUCAUUCGCAAGGUGAGAGGCUCUAUCUAGUGCCCUUUUCUUUUGUCAACAUCUUUUUAUUGACUCUUGACAUUUUUAUUGACAAAGGCUCAACAAAUUCAAGAGGUGGCGAUGAAGGUCUGCCCUUUGUUCAGUUCAUGUUGAAAUUCUCUAUUGUAUGCUAAUACUGAUCAUUUUUAUAAUGUACAGGUUUUUCUGAUAUAAGACAAUGAUCAGAAAACUAAGCCUUUUGAUCUCCCGAGUGGCGCAGCAGUGUAAGGCGAUGCAGUGCCUUACACUGCUGCGCCACUUGAGGCGUCACUACAGAUCCGGGUUCGGUCCCGGGCUGUGUCGCAGCCAGCCGCGACCGGGAGACCCAUGAGGCGGCGCACAAUUGGCCCAGCGUCGUCCGGGUUAGGGGAGGGUCUGGCCGGCCGGGAUGUCCUUGUCCCAUCGCGCUCCAGCGACACUUGUGUCGGGCCGGGCGCAUGCACACUGACACGGUUACCAGUUGUACGGUGUUUCCUCCAACACAUUGGUGCAGCUGGCUUCUGGGUUAAGCGAGCAGUGUGUCAAGAAGCAGUGCGGCUUGGCAGGGUCGUGUUUUGGAGGACGCAUGGCUCUCGACCUUCGCCUCUCCCGAGUCCAUACGGGAGUUGCAGCAAUGGGACAAGACUGUAACUACCAAUUGGAUGUCACGAAAUUGGGGAGAAAAAGGAGGGAAAAGUACAACAAAAUAAAUAAAUAAUGGUAUGGAAUAGCUAAGCACUUAGGAUCAAUCUGAAUACAUUUUUUAUUAGUGUUUUCUUCCAAACCUCUGUGUUGCUUUCCUAUAUUUUCACCCAGCGCUUGAUAUAAUGGGAGUUUCCUCCCGCUUCCGGCACUAAUGUGUAGCAGCACUGUGUCUUAAUGUUGUUCUGCCUGAACUAGGCCAUUUCACAUUUCACUGUGCCCCUUUUGAAUGGCCACAGUGAGUGUCGAUAAUAUUUACCUUUGUGGAUAGUCUUUUUCUAAAAGGGACCCAUACUAGCACUCUGUUUGUCGUUGUUAAAAUAUAUAGUGUUUUAACAGCUUCCUGUUUCAUUUGGUCAUUCCAUGUCAAAUCAACAAGUCAUGACAGCCACCAUUUCAGAAAAAUCUGAGAUGGUGGGUGUCAUAAACCACUUUCUUGUGUUCAUUUGACAUGGAAUGACCCAUUUGUCUUUAUUUGGUCUUGUUUCCAUUUAACUCUAAUCCUCUCAACUAUCCUCAUUUAACACUGUCCUAUUGUUUUUAACUGUCAAAAGACUACCUUCAGAACUUGAAAGCAUGUGCUCACAGUGAGUGAUAUUUCAUCAGUACAGCACUAGACGUAACCAUUGAAACGUAGAUUAAUCUUAUCUGGUAGAUUUACAUUUUUAGUCAUUUAGCAGACGCUCUUAUCCAGAGCGACUUACAGUUAGUGAGUGCAUACAUUUUCAUACUGGCCCCCCGUGGGAAUCGAACCCAUAACCCUGGCGUUGCAAGCGCCAUGCUCUACCAACUGAGCUACACGGGGAUAUAUAGAAGAUAAAUAAUUUUUCACACUAUACUAUCCUGCUGACCCAAACCAAACUGUGCUGUCACUUUUACAUUAUCUUCUUCAGCAACUACGGUGGAUGCGUAACCAGGCCAGCUCAGUGCAGCUUGGUUUGGCUCGGCUCGAUUCGAUUGGUCUCAGUAGUGUGAAAAGCCCUAUAGUGUCUUCUGUCUUAGUAGUGUGAAGUCCUCUCAGCUAGGAUGUUGUGAGAGGCUAUCUAACACAUCCUAUUCCUAUCCUCAGGUGUUCACUAUCCUCAUGGUCCAGCUAUUGGUGACCUUUGGUAUCGUGGCACUCUUCACAUUUUGGUGAGGUCCACUGUCAUGAAACCACACUCCAGAAAACAGUUGAGGGCCCAAUUUAAUAAGCGUUUUUGCACUUGCAAACUGGUUAUUUUCUGAAUGACAAACAACAAACACCUCAACGGGUGCAAACUUUGCCCUUGUUACAAACGCUUAGUUAGAAAAAGCUGUCUCCAUAUUGUAAUAAAAAAGGUAUUCUCCACAGUUAUUACAGUUGAAGUCGGAAGUGUACAUACACUUAGGUUGGAGUCAUUAAAACUUGUUUUUCAACCACUCCACUAAUUUCUUGUUAACAAACUAUAGUUAUGGCAAGUCGGUUAGGACAUCUACUUUGUGCAUGUGCAUGCAAGUAAUUUUUCCAACAAUUGUUUACAGACAGAUUAUUUCACUUAUAAUUCACUGUAUCACAAUUCCAGUGGUCAGAAGUUUACAUACACUAAGUUGACUGUGCCUUUAAACAGCUUGGAAAAUUCCAGAAAAUGAUGUCUGGCUUUAGAAGCUUCUGAUAGGCUAAUUGACAUAAUUUGAGUAAAUUGGAGGUGUACCUGUGGGUGUAUUUCAAGGCCAACCUUCAAACUUUGCUUUGCUUGACAUCAUGGGAAAAUCAAAAGAAAUCAGCCAAGACCUCAGAAUUUUUUUUUAGACCUCCAUAAGUCUGGUUCAUCCUUGGGAGCAAUUUCCAAACGCCUGAAUGUACCACGUUCAUCUGUACAAACAAUAGUACGCAAGUAUAAACACCAUGGGACCACGCAGCCGUCAUACCGCUCAGGAAGGAGACGCGUUCUGUCUCCUAGAGAUUAAGGUACUUUGGUGCGAAAAGUGCAAAUCAAUCCCAGAACAACAGCAAAGGACCUUGUGAAGAUGCUGGAGGAAACAGGUACAAAAGUAUCUAUAUCCACAGUAAAACGAGUCCUAUAUCGACAUAACCUGAAAGGCCACUCAGCAAGGAAGAAGCCACUGCUCCAAAACCGCCAUAAAAAAGCCAGACUACGGUUUGCAACUGCACAUGGGGACAAAGAUUGUACUUUUUGGAGAAAUGUCCUCUGGUCUGAUGAAACAAAAAUAUAACUGUUUGGCCAUAAUGAUCAUCAUUAUGUUUGGAGGAAAAGGGGUGUAUUUGCAAGCCGAAGAACACAAUCCCAACCGUGAAGAACGGGGGUGGCAGCAUCAUGCUGCAGGAGGGACCGGUGCACUUCACAAAAUAGAUGGCAUCAUGAGGAAGGGAAAUUAUGUGGAUAUACUGAAGCAACAUCUCAAGACAUCAGUUAGGAAGUUAAAGCUUGGUCGCAAAUGGGUCUUCCAAAUGGACAAUGACCCCAAGCAUACAGUGAGGGAAAAAAGUAUUUGAUCCCCUGCUGAUUUUGUACUUUUGCCCACUGACAAAGAAAUGAUCAGUCUAUAAUUUUUAUGGUAGGUUUAUUUGAACAGUGAGAGACAGAAUAACAACAAAAAAAUCCAGAAAAACCCAUUAAAAAAUUUUUAUAAAUUGAUUUGCCAUUUUAAUGACAGAAAUAAGUAUUUGACCCCUCUGCAAAACAUGACUUAGUACUUGGUGGCAAAACCCUUGUUGGCAAUCACAGAGGUCAGACGUUUCUUGUAGUUGGCCCGCAGGUUUACACACAUCUCAGGAGGGAUUUUGUCCCACUCCUCUUUGCAGAUCUUCUCCAAGUCAUUAAGGUUUCGAGGCUGACGUGUGGCAACUCGAACCUUCAGCUCCCUCCACAGAUUUUCUAUGGGAUUAAGGUCUGGAGACUGGCUAGGCCACUCCAGGACCUUAAUGUGCUUCUUCUUGAGCCACUCCUUUGUUGCCUUGGCCGUGUAUUUUGGGUCAUUGUCAUGCUGGAAUACCCAUCCACGACCCAUUUUCAAUGCCCUGGCUGAGGGAAGGAAGUUCUCACCAAAGAUUUGACGGUACAUGGCCCCGUCCAUCGUCCCUUUGAUGCGGUGAAGUUGUCCUGUCCCCUUAGCAGAAAAACACCCCCAAAGCAUAAUGUUUCCACCUCCAUGUUUGACGGUGGAGAUGGUGUUCUUGGGGUCAUAGGCAGCAUUCCUCCUCCUCCAAACACGGCGAGUUGAGUUGAUGCCAAAGAGCUCCAUUUUGGUCUCAUCUGACCACAACACUUUCACCCAGUUCUCCUCUGAAUCAUUCAGAUGUUCAUUGGCAAACUUCAGACGGGCAUGUAUAUGUGCUUUCUUGAGCAGGGGGACCUUGCGGGCGCUGCAGGAUUUUAGUCCUUCAUGGCGUAGUGAAGCCAGAAAUCUUUCUGAUUGAGAGGGGGUCAAAUACUUAUUUCCCUCAUUAAAAUGCAAAUCCAUUUUUAACAUUUUUGACAUGCGUUUUUUCUGGAUUUUUGUUGUUGUUAUUCUGUCUCUCACUGUUCAAAUAAACCUAACAUUUAAAUUAUAGACUGAUCAUUUCUUUGUCAGUGGGCAAACGUACAAAAUCAGCAGGGGAUCAAAUACUUUUUUCCCUCACUGUACUUCCAAAGUUGUGGAAAAAUGGCUUAAGGACAACAAAGUCAAGGUAUUGGAGUGGCCAUCACAAAGCCCUGACCUCAAUCCUAUAGAAAAUGUGUGGGCAGAACUGAAAAUGCGUGUGCGAGCAAGGAGGCCUACAAACCUAACUCAAUUACACCAGCUCUGUCAGGAGGAAUGGGCCAAAAUUCACCCAACUUAUUGUGGGAAGCUUGUGGAAGGCUACCCGAAACAUUUGACCCAAGUUAAACAAUUUAAAGGCAAUGCUACCAAAUACUAAUUGAGUGUAUGUAAACUUCUGACCCACUUGGAAUGUGUUGAAAUAAAUAAAAGCUGAAAUAAAUCAUUCUCUCUACUAUUAUUCUGACAUUUCACUAUCUUAAAAUAAAGUGGUGAUCCUAACUGACCAAUUUGUACUAGGAUUAAAUGUCAAGAAUUGUGAAAAACUGAGUUUUUUAAUCUAUUUGGCUAAGGUGUAUGUAAACUUCCGACUUCAACUGUAUAUACUGGAUUGUCAGAUAAAGAUGAGAAAGUGAAAAAUGGUUGCCCAUCCUCUCAUUAGAUGUCCAAACUCAUGAAUUGUCACUCAAAUUUACAGUGAACCAGUCCGGCAGUUUGUGCAGUACAACCGAAUCCUCUACCUUGCCUCAUAGUGAGUAUUCUAUCUCUUACUCUAUGUGCUAUUUACUAAUGCCAAACUGGUAAAAGAAAUGUGUCAUAAGACUUAACCUACUGAGAACACUACGUCAUUUCAACCUGGAUACUCGGGUAAUAUUUGGUUGCGACGUUGAUAAAUGAGAUAACAAUUUAUAUUCACCCACUCAAAAAGACAGCCAAAAGUUAGUUGAAUUUCCAAUGUGUUAUCACUAUACUUUCAACCAUAUAAAAGCACAACCAAAUUACGAUGUUGCCCAAAUGACUAUCACUGCGCUUUCAACCAUUUAAAAGCGCAGCGAAGUUCAAAUGGGAAUACAAUGUCAGAUCUUUAGUUUAUUUAUACAACAGAUUAAUGUGUUAUUACUGUGCUUCAUCUAAUAGCAGAACCAAAUGACCUGGAUUGUAGUUAAGAUUACAUAAAAGUACAUGGUGCAAGUGAUCAAUGCCGUUCGAGAUUCUGCGCAGAUUAUCACAGCAAUUGUGAAGAUCUCCACAGACCUGCGACGACCUAUGCAUGCUAUCUUGAACAUACACGCCUAAAAUGAUUACAUAACUGUCAUGCCCUGACAUAGAGUUCGCUAGUUGGUUUGGUCAGGGUGUGAGUAUCUAUGUGUGUGUGUGUGUGUGUGUGUGUGUGGCCAUUGUGAGCUUGACGUUACGUUGCUUUUGUUGUUUUGUCGUGUGUUUACUUUAUAAAUAAACAUGUAUGCAUUCCACGCUGCUCCUUGGUCCAAUCCUGUACUCAACGAACGUGACAAUAACAAGGAUUGUAUAGUUACACUAACCUCAAAUUGUGACCAUGGAGGUGCUACUCAUUUUAAAGUUGUAUGUUACAUUAUUUUCUAUGUUACAUUAUUUUGUAAGAUAGACUUCAUUCUUGGCUAUUUACUGUAUUACAAAAGUAAUAUUGAAUUGUGCUUGGUUGACAACACAACCAAAUAUCAACAUUUAAAGGACAUGUAUCUACUGCUUGGAUAGUUCCAUCUGUGCCAUUGACUUAGUCUGGCUUUAAUUCCAAUUUGUCUAAUAAUUGCUAUGUUGGAUUCACGUCUCCAUCUCAACCAAAAAUCUAAGUUAAAUAAUAGGACUAAAUCAAAUCAAACUUUAAAUGAACUUUAAAUACAGUUUCAUUUGAUUUUGUCCUAUUCUUUAACUUAGAUUUUUUUAGGUGCACUGAUAUGGCACUCUGAGCUACCUGUCAUAACUGGUGACCACAUAAUGGUUCUUAUUCCAGCAUCACCUUCAUGGGGACAUAUCUUGUGCUAGUCUGCAGCACAAGUGCCCGGUAAGAAGCCAACUCUUCAGGCAACACUUUUUUCUUACAUUUGAUUGGUCUUCCUUCAAUCAUUCCCAAUUCCUACUUUCAUAACUAAAAGGUCAAGGCACUUUUGUACCAUUUAAUAUCCAUUUUUGAUUCACUGAAGACAGUAUUUGGGUCAUUCCAUCAAUUUGGUGCCUUUUUCUCAAAUGUGUAUUUUUUUUUUAUAUUUCACCAAAUUCUAACAUUCUGUAAUAGAGUACAUGUUCAACUUCAUAAAAAACAUUUUCCCAUCUCAAGAGGUUAAAUUAAAAAAGAAGACAAUAGUAAGUGCCUAUUAAAGCUGCAAUAUGUAACUUUUGGGGCGACCCGACAACAUUCACAUAGAAAUGUGAGUUAUACAUCUGUCAUUCUCAUUGAAAGCAUGUCUAAGAAGCAGUAUAUCUGUUCUAUAUCAAAUCAAAUCAAAUCAAAUUGUAUUGGUCACAUGCGCCGAAUACAACAGGUGCAGACAUUACAGUGAAAUGCUUACUUACAGCCCUUAACCAACAGUGCAUUUAUUUUAAACAAAAAAAGUAAAAAUAAAACAACAACAAAAAAAAAGUGUUGAGAAAGAAAAGAGCAGAAGUAAAAUAAAGUGACAGUAGGGAGGCUAUAUAUACAGGGGGGUACCGUUGCAGAGUCAAUGUGCGGGGGCACCGGCUAGUUGAGGUAGUUGAGGUAAUAUGUACAUGUGGGUAGAGUUAAAGUGACUAUGCAUAAAUACUUAACAGAGUAGCAGCAGCGUAAAAAGGAUGGGGUGGGGGGGCAGUGCAAAUAGUCCGGGUAGCCAUGAUUAGCUGUUCAGGAGUCUUAUGGCUUGGGGGUAGAAGCUGUUGAGAAGUCUUUUGGACCUAGACUUGGCACUCCGGUACCGCUUGCCGUGCGGUAGCAGAGAGAACAGUCUAUGACUAGGGUGGCUGGAGUCUUUGACAAUUUUGAGGGCCUUCCUCUGACACCGCCUGGUAUAGAGGUCCUGGAUGGCAGGAAGCUUUGCCCCAGUGAUGUACUGGGCGUACGCACUACCCUCUGUAGCACAUUGCGGUCGGAGGCCGAGCAGUUGCCAUACCAGGCGCUGAUGCAACCAGUCAGGAUGCUCUUGAUGGUGCACUUGUAGAACCUUUUGAGGAUCUGAGGACCCAUGCCAAAUCUUUUCCGUCUCCUGAGGGGGAAAAUGUGUUGUCGUGCCCUCUUCACGACUGUCUUGGUGUGUUUGGACCAUGAUAGGUUGUUGGCUAUGUGGACACCAAGGAACUUGAAGCUCUCACCCUGCUCCACUACAGCCCCGUCGAUGAAAAUGGGGGCGUGCUCGGCCCUCCUUUUCCUAUAGUCCACGAUCAUCUCCUUUGUCUUGAUCACGUUGAGGGAGAGGUUGUUGUCCUGGCACCACACUUCCAGGUCUCUGACCUCCUCCCUAUAGGCUGUCUCAUCGUUGUCAGUGAUCAGGCCUACCACCGUUUUGUCGUUGGCAAACUUAAUGAUGGUAUUGGAGUCGUGCUUGGCCACACAGUCAUGGGUGAACAGAGUACAGGAGGGGACUAAGCACGCACCCCUGAGGGGCCCCCGUGUUGAGGAUCAGCGUGGCAGAUGUGUUGUUGCCUACCCUUACCACCUGGGGGCGGCCUGUCAGGAAGUCCAGGAUCCAGUUGCAGAGGGAGGUGUUUAGUCCCAGGGUCCUUAGCUUAGUGAUGAGCUUUGAGGGCACUAUGGUGUUGAACGCUGAGUUGUAGGCAAUGAGCUGCAGUGUUGAGUGCAAUAGAGAUUGCGUCAUCUGUGGAUCUGUUGGGGCGGUAUGCAAAUUGGAGUGGGUCUAGGGUUUCUGGGAUGAUGGUGUUGAUGUGAGCCAUGACCAGCCUUUCAGAGCACUUCAUGGCUACAGACGUGAGUGCUACGGGUCGGUAGUCAUUUAGGCAGGUUACCUUGGUGUUCUUGGGCACAGGGACUAUGGUGGUCUGCUUGAAACAUGUAGGUAUGACAGACUCGGCCAAGGACAGGUUGAAAAUGUCCGUGAAGACACUUGCCAGUUGGUCAGCGCAUGCUCGGAGAACAUGUCCUGGUAAUCCGUCUAGCCCUGCAGUCUUGUGAAUGUUGACCUGUUUAAAGGUCUUACUCACAUUGGCUACGGCGAGCGUGAUCACACUGUUGUCUGUAACAGCUGGUGCUCUCAUGCAUGCUUCAGUGUUGCUUGCCUUGAAGCGAGCAUAGAAGUGUUUUAGCUCGUCUGGUAGGCUUGUGUCACUGGGCAGCUCGCGGCUGUGCUUCCGUUUGUAGUCUGUAAUAGUUUUAAAGCCCUGCCACUACGGUCACUGUGGGGACGACGUCAUCGAUGCACUUAUUGAUGAAGCCAGUGAGUGAUGUGGUGUACUCCUCAAUGCUAUCUGAAGAAUCCCUGAACAUGUUCCAGUCUGUGCUAGCAAAACAGCCCUGUAGCUUAGCAUCUGCGUCAUCUGACCACUUUUUUAUUAACCGAGUCACUGGUGCUUCCUGCUUUAGUUUUUGCUUAUAAGCAGGAAUCAGGAGGAUAGAGUUAUGGUCAGAUUUGCCAAAUGGAGGGCGAGGGAGAGCUUUUGUAUGCGUCUCUGUGUGUGGAGUAAAGGUGGUCUAGAGUUUUUUGCUUGCCUCAAAGCGUGCAUAGAAGUAAUUUAGCUCGUCUGGUAGGCUUGUGUCACUGGGCAGCUCGCGGCUGGGCUUCCCUUUGUAGUCCGUAAUAGUUUGCAAGCCCUGCCACAUCCGAUGAGCGUCGGAGCCGGUGUAGUAGGAUGAUGCAAAAUGCAUCAUCAUGAUAUGUGGCAAGUGACACUUCUUGAAAUUCCUAUAUCUUGAAAACUUGACUGCUGACAUGAAAAACAUUUUGGGAACUGUAUCAACAGUGGACUAAUGGAAAACAUUUCAAAUAUAUAGUUUUUCCUUUAAAAAAAAAUUGCUCCGCCAUUUCCUGGUUGCUAAAAUUCUAAUAGUUUGCCUAAUUUCAGUUUAUGUGACAAAACAACUAUAGUGUAGAGUCAUUGUACCAUCUAAACCGCUGUGAAAUAUAUUUUCUAUAACCAAAAAUAUUGUGUUUUCAGCUGGUGUACAAAACCUAAAAUUAAAAUACUCAAAAAUUAACUUAAGACUGGGAAGCAUAGAAAUAGCACACAUAGAACAGAUCUACCGUUUCUUAGAUUUGCUUUCAAUGGAAUGAAAUAACUUCAAUUUCUAUGUGAAUUUGGUCGGGUUGCCCAAAAAGUUACAUAUUGCAGCUUUAAGUGCCAAAUAAAGUAACAGGGUUUACUGUAAAAGGGUUGACAAUUUCUUCUUAAAUCCCCUUGUGACAGGUAGAAUGGAAGCUUGUUGUAUGCAACAGAGAAUGCCAAUUGAACGCAAGCUUCACAACAUUUGUUCAAUUGUAAAAAAUAUCAAGUUUUGUGGUAAGGUUUGUUAAAUUGGUGCUCUGCUCAUACUAAAAAUUAUCUCACUAUAUCUCAUUGGCUUUUUACAGGCGACAGUACCCCACCAACCUCAUCCUCUUGGGGAUAUUUGUAAGUGUCCAUGAAGCUAUUUCUGCUUGAUAUUUAGUGGUAUGCUUAGUUAGUGCCGCAAUGAUAAACAUUUUACUGAAAUUGUGGUACUCAAAAUUAUGAGGUGAAAACUUUACUAGAUCUGUGAAAUUGUUGUGUUUGUGAUCCUAUUUUUGUCCUCACUUAUACAGACUUUGGCAAUGUCUUACAUGGCAGGCAUGCUGGCCAGGUAAAUUGUGUGUGUGUGUGCAUGCAUGCGUGCAUGUGUAAAUAUGUGGUGUGUGAGUGUAGACUGUCCCAUUUUUUGAUGUCUACGGUAAUGAUGUCUACUGAAAGGUAUUGUCAUACAGAGCAGUAGUAACUUGGUUAUACCUCCCCUGUGUCCAUAGCUACCACAACACUAAAGUGGUGAUGUUGUGUGUGGGCAUCACCGCCAUGGUGUGUCUGUUCAUCACCCUCUUCUGUUUCCAGACCAAGGUGAGUUUUUACAAGCAGACAGCUAACAGAACAAUCUGUAUGCCUGUUGUCAGGUUAAAUUAUUUAGUUUUGUCCAAGUAGUGGCAUUUUGAUCAUUUGUGACUAGUUUCAGGAAACUAGGCAUAUGUUGCGUGUCACUACUUCACAGGAGAGCCAUUUGAACGUAAACCUUUUUUUAAAAAUCAAAAUGUGUUUUUUGGCGUAGUAGAACUGCAUAAGUGUUGCUCUCCACGUUCUGGAGGACCGAGUUUUGAAAUCGGUGGAAUUAGUGUAUGAUAGCUAAGGAGAUAGAGAAAACACCUGUCUCCGGAUUCAUCUUCAAACUGAGGGCAACCAUGGCAUCCGUGACAUAGAUAGUACACGGGUAAGAUAGUCUAGCUAGCUACAUUUUCAGAUAUUACAUGUUUCUAAUUUUGUCAGAAAGUCAUUUUCAUUUCAAGUUAAGGUGUACUGUUAGCUAGCUAGCUAACGUUAGCUGGCUGGCUCGCUAGCUAACGUUACGUGUAUGAUCUGUGUAGUAAUAUUAUUCGUAUCUCAGAGCCAUUUGCUUUGCUAGUUAUAGCCUACAUUGAACCUGGUUGGUUAGCUACCUGCAGAUUCAUGCAGGGUAGUAACGUCAUGAGUUGGGAUUAUGGUUCAUUGUUUAGCUAGCUGGCUACAUGUCUUAACAAAAGACUCCACUAUGCAAGUAACCAUUUCAAUAGAAUAUUGUUGAUAGACGUUGCUGGUAAAUUCGCUGUGGCUACUCCGAUUUCAGAGCACUCUCGUCUGUGUGCCAGAGGGCAGAAUAACUGAUGAAUUUACGAAUCCUCAACACCCGUUGAAUAUGGCCGGUGUCAGUAAACGUUGGCAAAAAAGCGUAAUUAAAUUGUUGCCAGCAGCACAGUUGCAGUCACCAACGCUCUAGAUAACAUAAAAACAGCCUAACCAGCUCUGCUAGGGCGAGUAAAAUGGUCAGAGUGAGCUGUGCUCUCAUUUGUGUCUGGAAGUAGCUAGCAAGCUAGCCAACGUUAGCCAGUUAGCUUGGGUGCUUGACAGCUGUUGUUUAGAUAGAACGCUCGGAUCAACCCUUAAAGAGAUGGGUGGGGCUAAAGCUUAAGAGGAUGUGAACAAUGCUGAAUGGGUGUAGACAAAGAAGGCCAUUUUCUCAAAAGUGAGGUUACAAGUUUAUCAACUUUCAAAGCAGAAUUAUUUUCCCAUUGUUCCUCAACUGUAGUGUAUGAUAUACAAUUUUCUAGCUCAGUCUCUACUUUUAUCCAAUGUAAAAAACACAAUUUUACAUGUUGCUAAAUAAAACCGAAUUGAGCCGGUUGGUCACAUUUAGCUAGGUUGAUUUGACGUCAUGUGGCACGUUCAGCAGGGCAGAAGGUUCAGAUAGAAAUACAGUGCCUAGUGAGUCUACACACUUGCACAGUCUUUACAUUUUGCUGCCUUCAAACUUUAUCUAAAAAGGAUUCAAUUGCAUAUUUACCCAAGAUCUACACAACCUACUCCACACCUACAACACACUCCCAGUCCCUCCCGCUGAAAAACAUCCCCACAGCAUGAUGCUGCCACCACCAUGCUUCACCGUAGGAAUGGUACCAGGUUUCCUUCAGACGUGACACUUGGCAUUCAGGCCAAAGAGUUCAAUCUUGGUUUCAUCAGACCAGAGAAUCUUGUUUCUCAUGGUCUGAGAGUCCUUUAGGUGCCAUUUGGCAAACUCCAAGCGGGCUGUCAUGUGCCUUUUACUGAGGAGUGGCUUCCGUCUGGCCACUCUACCAUAAAGGCCUGAUUGGUGGAGUGCUUCAGAGAUGGUUGUUCUUCUGGAAGGUUCUCCCAUCUCCACAGAGGAACUCUGUCAGAGUGACACUCACCUCCCUGACCAAGACCCUCAGUUUGGCCGAGCGGCCAGCUCUAGGAAGAGUCUUGGUGGUUGCAAACUUCUUCCAUUUAAGAAUCAGCGCCACUGUGUUCUUGGGGACCUUCAAUGCUGCAGAAUUUUUUUGGUAACCUUCCCCAUAUCUGUGCCUCGACACAAUCCUGUCUCAGAGCUCUACGGACAAUUCGUUCGACUUCAUGGCUUGGUUCUUGCUCUGACAUGCACUGUCAACUGUGGGACCUUACAUAGACAGGUGUGUGCCUUUCCAAAUCAUGUCCUAUCAAUUGAAUUUACCUCAGGUGGACUCCAAUCAAGUUGUAGAAACAUCUCAAGGAUGAUCAAUGGAAACAGAAUGCACCUGAGCUGAAUUUCGAGUCUCAUAUGAAAGGGUCUGAAUACUUAUGUAAAUAAGGUAUUUCUACUUUUUAUUUGUAAUACAUUUGCAAAAAUGUAUAAAAACCUGUUUUCGCUUUGUCAUUAUGGGGUAUUGUGUAUAGAUUGAUGAGGGGAUUAUUAUUUUUUUAAUCCCAUUUUAGGAUAGGGCUGUAACGUAACAACAUGUGGAAAAAGUCAAUGGGUCUGAAUACUUUCGGAAUGCACUGUAAUUUACAUAAGUAUUCACACCCUUGAGUCAAUACUUUGUAGAAGCACCUUUGGUUGCGAUAACAGCUUCGAGUCGUCUUGGGUAUAUCUGUAUCAGCUUUGCACAUCUGGAUUUGGGGAUUUUCUCCCAUUCUUCCUUGCAGAUUUUCUCAAGCUCUGUUUAGUUAGAUGGGGAGUGGCUGUGAACAGCAAUCUUCAAGUCUUUCCACUGAUUUUUCAAUGGGAUUCAAGUCUGGGCUUUGGCUGGGCCACUCAAGGACUUCCACAUUCAUGUUCUGUAGCCAUUGCAGCGUUGCUUUGGCUUUAUGCUUGAGGUCAUUGUCCUGUUGGAACGUAAAUGUUGUUUGCACUCUGAAGCAGGUUCUCAUCUAGGAUUUGCCUGCAUUUGGAGCCAUUCAUUGUUCCCUCAUUCAUUACCAGUGUUGUGACUUUGGCUAUGGAUAUUCCAGAUCAUUUACUGAUUAAUUACUGGAAAAAUUAAUGUACCUAAUUUAUUAGGUUAUCCUAUCCAAAUUAAUCAAAGGAGGGGCACCAUUCAGUUUUUUUUAAAUAUAGAGAUUCCUCGAAUUAACUCUAUCCGUAGUUAUCAUUAACCGUUAUACCAAUCCUAUAUCAGCAAUAGUCUUAAUCAACAGUCAGUUACUAUAUUCUUGUUCUGAAAGUCGUUGAGCUCGAAAACUUUAAGGACCCAAUCACUUGUAAAUGAACUCAAGGUCACAGAUUCAUUUUUAAGGUUGUAUUUACUAGACUAAAUAAAUUGAGGUAAUGAGGUACUUAACAGAGUAAGGCAGGGUAUAGGCUAACAGGAUUCAACUCAGUUAUUGAGGUGAGACUCUUCACAGGUCGAUUGACAUGAACUUUCAUACUUGAACUCAGCAAAUGCAACAGUAUAUAUAUUCACAAGACUUUUGAGGACAAGAUGGUUUUAGCGAUUGAGAGGGAAAUAUGAGAGGCCACACACACUUCACAGCCGUGAAAUUAUAGGUUCAUUCACCAGGAGUUGACAGUGGGCUAGGCUAUCAGUUCGCAUCCGAACGUGGACAAUGCAGCGACAGUAUUAAUCAUGAUAUGUAAUUUAAUACUAACAGUCUUACAAUAAUCAGUUACUGCCACCACUUUUACACAGACACAGUGUCACACAAAAGGGAAAUUCAAUGCAAUGAGGUAUUUAUGUGAAUUUGAGUGUCGUCUGGUUCAGUUGAGUUUCCGUUAUGACGGAGUGGUACACAGGGAAAAGGGUUGGUUCGGGGUCCUGGCGUUGGAGUUUCGGUCGAAGAAGGCCCUUGUCGGAGCUCAAGCAUAGGCUCUUUCGCUCUCUCAGUUCAUUCAGUCCAACGAGAUAAAGUUUGUUAAGGCACUCGGGUGCAAUAGAAUCUUUGGGUCCCCUCUUGGGAGAGAUAAAGACUCAGCGGUCCAUCGUGAGUGAGCAGAGAUGCAGGUUCCUCUCAGGUGAUUCUUCUGUUUGAGUAGGAUGGUGCAAGUCAAAGUUGCAUAGGUUUCUUGCAGCGAUGUGUUGGUUUCUAAGGAGAUGGUUUAUUGAACCUUCCAAGGCUUGGCCUACACCUCACGAAGAUCUGAUCUCAUUUCUGUUUAGUAAGUCCUCUAAUUUAUAGGUAGACUCAGAGAAGGCGGGCUCUAACGGCCGGACAAUGUCAUUGGGACCGCCCCAUUGAUCCGGGGAACGAAACACAUUUAAUGCUCAUUUGAGAUAAACCUAAGACUUGCUCAUAGGUGUUCACAGAAUGUUAAAAUAUGUUUUGAAUUAAAAAAAUCUCUUGGAUGAAUUAUGUAACCUGUGGAGUACAAAUAUGACCAUGAUGAAACCCAGACAUUUUAUGUUACAGCAAAAUCCACAUUAUACCUUUUAAUAAUGUGGGAAAAAGAGAGGAAAAGUAUCACAAUGUAUAUUCAGGUUAUAUCAACAGGUAAUAUAAACAAUAUCAACAGAAAACGUGUUUAAUUGUCCUUUAGCUCUCUUGGCGCCGUUCCCUCUUCGUUAAGGAGAGUGAGGGAAUAACAGUUCCUUUGUUAAAGCACAACUCUGUCGCCCAAGGUCUCUGACGACCUUCCCCCCUUAAUACAUGUGAGUCGUAAAAGGGGUCUGCUGACUGUCUCCUGACAACCAGCAAGGCAUUCAGAGUCGUAAAAGGAUGGUGGAGAAGAGCAGUUUGUUCUGUGAUGGUUAGAAAGGGGGCGCUGUCAAUUACAGGAUCUGUAAAUCUUGGCAUGGAAGGUCAUGCUCUCUCAGAAACACUCAACACCUCUUGGAAAGCAGUUCUGGUUUGUCUUUGGCAUAAAAAUAUUUGUAAUUGUCUCGCUAAACAAUAUAUCCCAGGGUUGGGUUUUCAGAACACUGAGGCGGCUUUUCCUUUUUACCUGGAGUGUGCUCCUUUCAUAUUUAUUUUGAUCCUGACAAACUCCCCAGUCCCUUCAGGUGACAAGCAUACCCAUAACAUGAUGCUACCACCACAAUACUUGAAAAUACAGUUGGUUUCACUGUGUGUUGUUUUGUAUUGGAUUUGACCCAAACCUGUAGUUUUUAAUUUAGGCCAAAAAUGUCAUGUAUUUUCCAUGUUGUAUUACUUAAAGGCCUUGUUGCAAACAUAAUGGAUGAUUUGGAGUGGAUUUUUUAUCACAGGCUUACUUCUUUUAACUUUGUCAUACAUGCCAGUGAUGUGGAGUGAAUGCAAUGUUGUUGAUCCCUUUAUAUUUUAAGUAUUGUGGGGGCAGCAUCAUGUUAUGGGUAUGCUUGUCACCAGCGGGGACUGAAAGGAGCAUAGCCCAGGUAAAAGAUUAGAGAAAAACCCACCUCAGUCUUCUGAAAACAUAACCCUGGGAUAGAGUUGUAUUUUUCUGCGGGACAAUUACACAAAUUGUAAUGCCAAAGUCACACCAGAAUGGCUUUCCAAGAGGUGUUGGGGGUUCCUGAAUGGUCCAGCCUCCAUCCUGACUUAAAUCUGUUUAAAAAUCAGAUGUAAGGUUUGAAUAUUGCUGUCCAUCAAUGAUUCCAAGCCACAUUUACUGAGCUUGAGCAAUUUUGACAAAAACAAUGGAUAUAUGUUGCACUGAGAGUUGUGCAAGGUUGAUAGAAUCAUAUAAAAAAUUAUUCACAGCUGUAAUGGCUGCCAAAGGUGCUUCCACCAAGUAUUAACUCUGGGGUGUGAAGACAUACACAAUCAAUACAACCUCAUUUUGUAAUUCUUAGUAAUUUGGAAAAUGUUGUAUAUUUUUUCUUACACUUUAGAAAUGUGGAGUAGGUUGUGUAGAUCGAUAGGAGAAAUUUAACCCUGCACAGAUUUGAGAUUUAACCCUUUACAUUCGUACGGGUUGAAAAUGGCAGAUUUGGACACUGAUAAGUGCUUAAAUUGGAACACAGUGACUGUACAGUAACAUGCUAUACAUGACGUCAGAGCUCAUGGUCUCCACUUCACAGCUCUAAAUGGGUUUUGACUGAUGUCCGUUCUGAACUUAUGCACUGCACACUACAAGAAGUAGCCCCCAUCCCUCCCGCUAAUUGGCCAACUUUUGCAAGUGUUUUGUUGUCUGAGUGAGGGAAGUGUUGUACAGUACAUUAAGAAGACUCAAUGUAUUUUGAAAGAUGAGACAUAGAGGAUUAUAAUAAAUGCCGCUUUGAUGCCAUACAAGCAAGACAAACACCUGUGAGUCCAAAUGUGCAGUUCACAUUUCCCUAUCAUAAAACUCAUGUCAUAUACAGUGUCAACGUUUAUGAUCACUAUGUUUGACGUACAGUUACAAGUUGACAUGGCGUUAUACCCAGGGUUGUAUUGAACAGAAUGAGCCUAUCUUUGUUGUAUUGUGAAGAAGAUUUGCUACGGACCACGCAUCUGAAUGCACUCAUGAUUCCGUUCUAUGCGCACCAAAAUUACAAUCUGUUUCUCUGAAUUGCCUUGUGAAAGCCUAACACUGUAAGAUUGUAUUUUAUAAUUUAGCUAGUCAGCAAUAGAACAAGCUUUAAAAUGAUGCCCACCUGACCUAGAUUGCAAUUUAUAAUGGACCAUUUUUGGAUUGUGUAAACAAAUCAAAUGAAAUUGUAUUUGUCACAUGCGCCGAAUACAACUGUUGUAGACCUUACAGUGAAGUGCUUACUUACAAGCCCUUAAGCAGUUUUAAGAAAGAAUACACCCCCAAAAAAGUAAUAUAUAUAUAUAUAUAUAUAUAUAUAUAUAUAUAUAUAUAUAUAUAUAUAAAAGUAACUAAUAAUUAAAGAGCAGCAGUAAAAUAACAAUAGCAAGGCUAUAUACAGGGGGUACCUGUCCCGAAGUGACUAUGCAUAGAUAAUAAACAGAGAGUAGCAGCAAAUAGUCUGGGUACUGGAUUAGAUGUUCAGGAGUCUGGAUUAGAUGUUCAGGAGUCUGGAUUAGAUGUUCAGGAGUCUGGAUUAGAUGUUCAGGAGUCUGGAUUACCGUAUUGGUCCGAAUAUAAGACGGCCUUUUUUCCCCUCGAAAUAGGUCCAAAAAAGUCGGGUCGUCUUAUAUUCGGGGUCUAGUAUUCAGAGCGCAGUUUCUCUUCUUCGGCGCUCCCUUUAAAUGUCAAUACACAUUCGCGGGCACAGAUGGCGCCAAAAAUUCGUUCCGGACGGAGGGAAGAGGCGUCCUUAACAACCAGCCCGUUACCGGUGUUUAAAGAUGGAAAGACAGGCUGACCAUUUAGAGACAAGUGGCUCAAAAGUGGGCCAGGUCAAUAAACAACAGCGGAGGAGCUAUGAUGCCAAUUUCAAAAUAAUGGUUGUCAAUAAGGCAGAGUCAUCUAACAACUGCCAAGCUGCCAAGACAUUCGGGGUCACUGAGUGUAAUGUAAGAAGAUGGCGAGCAGAAAAACAACGUCUAAAAGAUGCUAACAGUCAGCGAAAAUCCUUCCGUGGUCCUCAAAGUGGUCGUUUCAUUGAGGUUGACCGGAGGGUUUUUGAAUAUGUCAGGGAAAAAAGAAGUGAGGGAAUGCCCAUUACCAGAGCUGUCAUCCAGGUUAAGGCCCUGGAAAUCGCCAGAGAGCUCAACAUCACUGGAUUUAAAGCCAGCCUCGGCUGGUGUCGUAGGAUGAUGCGGCGUAAUGGACUGUCACUUAGACGGAGAACGAGUUUGGCCCAACGCCUGCCGUCAGACUUCGGAGAGAAGCUGCUUUCGUUUCAGCGCUUUGUUAUCAACCUGAGGAAGAAGCACUCCUACCCGCUGGAUCAGAUCGGCAAUGCUGAUCAGACACCCGUUUAUUUCGACAUGCCAACAUCGGUGACUGUCAAUAGAAAGGGAGAAAAGUCUGUGUGUGAGGGAUAGAGAGACAUCGGAGGAGAAGUUUGGCGAAUUUUUGUUAAGUUUAGUUAAAUGUGUGGCCUGUAUUUUCUCUGUUAUUUAAAAAUGUUGCUUUAUUAUUGCUUGAUAUUAAUUUUGAAUCAUACUGUACAUAGUUUGCCUUUGUGUUUAAUUCACUGUGUUUUUAAUAUUGUUAUUUUAAAAUAAAAUGAAGUUCUUUGUUCGGCAAAUCUAGUCUGCAAAUCUGUUUUUCUAAAUGUUUGUGUUGAAAAACGGGGGGUCGUCUUAUAAUCAGGGUCGUCUUAUAUUCGGACCAAUACGGUAGAUGUUCAGGAGUCUUAUGGCUUGGGGGUAGAAGCUGUUGAGAAGCCUUUUGGACCUAGACUUGGCACUCCGGUACCGCUUGCCGUGCGGUAGCAGAGAGAACAGUCUAUGACUAGGGUGGCUGUAGUCUUUGACAAUUUUUAGGGCCUUCCUCUGAAACAACAACAAUAAUUGUGUGAUAGCGGGGAUGCAGGGCUGUGAUCCAAGCAAAACAACUACAAGUGUGCUUGCUCUACUUCCUCAACGACACAUCUAGGAGAGCUUAAAAAAAAGCACCUUAUAGUUGAAGACUCUUGUUUGAGUCAUAAAAGUGCAUGGAAAUCACUUUGGAGAGGUGUGUGGCCACUUGGAGACACCAGUUAGUCCUCUCACUCAAACCCUUGUCAUUUCUUUGUCUAAUGUUGCACCUACCCCCAAAUUUCCAACAAUAUUCUUAUCAUGUUACUGAAUGUUUCCAGAGUAUUUUCAGAUUUCAUUAUCAACAAAUGUGGCGAAAAGUACAGUAAAUGUCAAAUAAAACCAACAGUGUAAUGUUUGAAUUCAGUCUUGUGUCAGGUGAACUGUUGUGUCCUUAUAAUAAUAAUAUAAUAUGCCAUUUAGCAGACGCUUUUAUCCAAAGCGACUUAUUUUUGUGUAUGGGUGGUCCCGGGGAUCGAACCCACUACCUUGGCGUUACAAGCGCCGUGCUCUACCAGCUGAGCUACAGAGGACCACACCUUUAGUCUAAUAAUUUUCCCAUAAUCUCCAAAUUAUUCCCUUUUAAUUGCUACCAUGGUUAUGCAUAUGCCUUCCAUAUUUAUUCUGUAAGAAACAUUUCAAUUUAGCUCUAUCCAUAUAGGCCAAUUUCCACGAGUGUAAAGGGUUCAUUUUAAGGCAUCAAAAUGUGAAGACUGUGCAAGGGCUGUGUAGACUUUCAGUAGCGACUGCAUGUUAUGUAACACUAACAGGCCUCCCUGACAUGUAGAAUAAUAACUCAUUUUGAGUUAUUCAUGGCAUUCCUAUUUGCAACAUUCAACAAUGUUUGCCUACUGAACGUGGCCCUGGUUUUCUCUGUGUUGUCUUGACAUUGUUUUUCACCGCCCUUGUGUGCCAGGUUGAUUUUACGUCGUGUCAAGGUCUUCUCUUCUCUCUCAUGAUGGUGCUGAUGGUGACUGGACUGUUGCUCCUCUUCACCGCCCCCUUCGGAUAUGUAAGCAACACACCUCUUAAAGGCCCAGUGCAGUCAAAAAUGUAAUUUUCCUGUGUUUUCUAUAUACUGAACAAAAAUAUAAACGCAACAUGUCAAGUGUUGGUCCCAUGUUUCAUGAGCUGAAAUAAAAGAUUCCAGCAAUUUUCCAUACGCAUAAAAAGCGUAUUUCUCUCAAAGUUUGUGCACAAAUUUGUUUACAUCCCUGUUAGUGAGCAUUUCUCCUUUGCCAAGAUAAUCCAUCCACCUGACAGGUGUGGAAUAUCAAGAAGCUGAUUAAACAGCAUGAUCAUUACACAGGUGCACCUUGUGCUGGAGACAAUAAAAGGCCACUCUAAAAUGUGCAGUUUUGUCACACAACACAAUGCCACAGAUGUCUCAAGUUUUGAGGGAGUGUGCAAUUGGCAUGCUGACUGCAGGAAUGUCCACCAGAGCUGUUGCCAAAUAAUGUAAUGUUCAUUUCUCUACCAUAAGCUGCCUCCAACGUCAUUUUAGAGAAUUUGGCAUUACGUCCAACCGGCACAUCCGCAGACCACGUGUAACCACGUCACCCGAGGACCUCCACAUCCGGCUUCUUCACCUGCGGGAUCGUCUGAGACCAGCCACCCGGACAGCUGAUGAAACUGUGGGUUUGCACAUUUGAAGACUUUCUGCACAAACUGUCAAAAACCGUCUCAGGGAAGCUCAUCUGCAUGCUCGUCGUCCUCACCAGAGUCUUCCUCACCAGCAACUUCACACAGCCAUUGAAGAGGAGUGGGGACGUCAUUCCACAGGCCACAAUCAACAGCCUGAUGAACUCUAUGUGAAGGAUAUGUGUUGCGCUGCAUGAGGCAAAUGGUGGUCACACCAGAUACUGACUGGUCUUCUGAUCCACGCCCCUACAUAAAAAAAAAGGUAUCUGUGACCAACAGAUGCAUAUCUGUAUUCCCAGUCAUGUGAAAUCCAUAGAUUAGGGCCUAAUUGAAUUUAUUUACAUUGACUGAUUUCCUUAUAUGAACUUUAACUCAGUAAAAUCUUUUAAAUUGUUGCAUGUUGCGUUAUAUUUUUGUUCAGUGUAUAUUUAAACACUUUGAAGGUUGGAAUAAUACUGUGAAAUUAUGAAAACUAUGAUAAUUAUCUUUUAGUGUAAGAGCUGUUUGAAAAGACCGCCUGAAAUUUGAGCCUGUUAUGGUGGGAGGGAGUUUUGACCUUCAAUGGUGACAUCACCAUGCGGUAGGGUAAGCGUACAUAUUCAGCCCACGUACCCAUUAAGCCCACUUCCAUCUUUGGAUUCAAAUAAAAAACAAAAAAGUUCUGCUAUUUAAUGUUUCAACCAGUUCAUGUGGUUGUUAUAUCCAUACCAGUUUUAUGCUAAGCCGAUCAGAUGUUAUUGACAGUUAUGUCUAAGUUCCUACUACUGACCAAUUUCAAAGCUGCAAAAAACCUUUGGUGUAGAAGAAGCGACUCUCAGAUAAACAAGUCAAGUUCUAAAACUUCACAUGAGAGAUUAAUCUUAAAUUUGAUCUCCACUUUUCUUACAAAAAUAAGAGCAAUAUAUGUUAGAAAGGUCUAAACUUUUGGUGGGCGUAAUAGGUACACUUACCCCAAAUGAGUUAAUAGACCAAUAAGCCAAAUUAUUGCUUGACAGAUUGCUCUUUGAUAAGAAGCUAUUUUGUUUCUUUUUGACCAUUUUAAUCGAAAACAAUCGCAGUACUUAAUUGUUAUCCAGAAAUGAUUUGAUAUUGAGAUAAAAAUGGCUGCAAUGGACCUUUAAAGCUACGAUCUAUGAUUGGUAAAAUCCAUUUAAAUUAAUGAUAUAUACUUAUUGAUUCUUGAAGAAUAUACCUUAUAAAUGCUUGAUGAGCUUAAUUCAACUAUGCACACCAUCACAAACCAAAAUAUAAGCUUGUUUUACUUCAUUGUUUGUACACAAUGUAAUUGUAAACAAACAUUGUAUCUUCAAACCAUGGUUAAAACUAUCAUUUUGAUCUCAUGGAUAGUCAGUCCUUGCAUCCAUAGCUCAGUUUAUAAAUUUGAGAGUGGUUACAUUACUCCAGCCCCCUUCCACAGCCAAUUACCAAAACAAGGGGUGGGGCGGCCGUUUUGUUGUUUUUUGAAUCAGAGACUGUAGCUUUAAGUCCUAGGGCUCUAUUUUAACAAACCUAAUGCAAUGGCAAAUCUUAGCGCUGGCGGUAGGGCUAUACUGUAGGUCGGUGGGUGUGUCAGAAAUAUUUUUGCAAUUUUACUGCUUGAAUUAUGAGCGCAAUAGCUGGCGGUGGCGUGAAAGGGCUGGGUAAAUUAUACGUGUGACGAGGACUUGACCGCUCACUAGCCAAUCAACGCGUUUCAUGGCUUAAUACAGCAUGCCGUUGUCUCAAGUUCUGUAGGUUGUUGACGGUCUUUGUGUUGUCAUCAACUCCAAUUCGGCCGGGGGCGUGGAAUAUUCUCUUCCUAGUCCAUUGUGGAUUGAUGCAGUUGAUUAAAUAGUAUAGGCUACAGUAGGGUUCUCCAACCGCGCCAACACCGGCCUCGGGGACGGCCAGGAGGAUGCGGAGCAGGACGAGCUGGAUGGCGACGGUGGAAAUCCCGCAAUAGGAUGGGAUCGAGGAUAUCCCUUACCGGAACCCAGCACCGCUCCUCCGGACCGUGCCCCUCCCAAUCCACGGGGUACUGAAGGCCCCCCACCCGACGCCUCAAAUCCAGGAUGGAACAGACGGAGUACGCCGGGGCCCCCUCGAUGUCCAGAGGGGGUAGAGGAACCUCCCGCACCUCAGACUCCUGGAGCGGACCAGCCACCACUGGCCUGAGGAGAGACACAUGGAAAGAGGGGUUAAUACGGUAAUCUGGAGGGAGUAAUAACCUAUAUGUAACCUCGUUUAUCCUCCUCAGGACUUUGAACGGCUCCACAAACCACGGGCUCAGCUUCCAGCAGGGCAGGUGGAGGGGAAUAUUCUGGGAUGAGAGCCAGACUCGAUCACCCGGUACCAAGAUCGGGGCCUCACUGCAGUGGCGGUCAGCGUUGGCCUUCUGGCGACGCACAGCGCCCUGGAGGUGGACGUGAGCUGCAUUCCACGUCUCCUCUGUGCGCCGAAACCAGUCAUCCACCACAGGAGUUUCGGUCUGGCUCUGAUGCCACGGUGCCAGAACCGGCUGAUAACCUAAAACACAUUGAAAUGGCGAUAGGUUAGUGGAGGAGUGGCAGAGAGAGUUCUAGGCAUAUUCUGCCCAUGGCAAGAACACCGACCACUCCCCCGGCCGGUCCUGGCAGUAGGACUGCAGGAACCUACCCACAUCCUGAUUCACCCGUUCCACCUGCCCAUUAUUCUAGGAGUGAAACCCAGAAGUCAGGCUGACCGAGACCCCCAGACGUUCCAUGAAUGCCUUCCAGACCCUGGAUGUAAACUGGGGACCCCGGUCAGACACUAUGUCCUCUGGCACUCCGUAGUUCCAGAAGACUUGAGUAAACAGGGCCUCCGCAGUCUGCAGGGCCGUGGGGAGACCGGGCAGAGGAAGGAGGCGGCAGGCCUUUGAAAAGCGGUCCACAACGACCAGGAUGGUGGUGUUACCCUGAGAGAGGGGAAGACCAGUGAGAAAGUCAAUACACAGGUGGGACCAUGGCCGUUGUGGAACUGGUAAGGGCUGUAACUUACCCGCUGGGAGGUGCCUAGGGGCCUUACUCUGGGCGCACACCGAGCAGGAGGAGACAUACACCCUCACGCCCUUAGCCAAGGUAGGCCACCAGUACUUUCCGGUCAGGCAGCGCACUGUAUGGACGAUACCUGGGGGGGGACGUGUGUGCCCAAUAGAUCAGACGGUCACGGACAAGAGACGGCACGUACUGCAGCCCAGCUGGGCACUAAAGUGGAGAUGGCUCUGUGUGUAACGCCCGCUCUAUGUCCGCGUCCAUCGCCCACACUACCGGCGCCACAAUGCGAGGCCGGGAGUAUGGGGGUGUUGUCUAUGGGCCUCUCUCUCCUCUGUGUCGUACAGCCGUGACAGUGCGUCUGCCUUCACGUUCUUCGUACCCAGGAUGUAAGACAGUGUAAAAUCAAACCAGGUGAAGAAUAGGGCCCACCUGGCCUGGCGAUGGUUCAACCUCCUCGCUGCCCGGAUGUACUCCAGGUUACAGUGGUUCGUCCAGACGAGGAAAGGGUGUUUCGCCCCCUCGAGCCAGUGCCUCCACACGGUCAGGGCUCGGACAACAGCCAACAGCUCCCGAUCACCAACGUCGUAGUUCUGCUCUGCCGGGUUGAGCUUCUUGGAGAAGAAGGCACAGGUGCGGAGCUUGGGUGGCAUGCCCGAUCGUUGAGAUAGGACAGCGCCUAUCCCUACCUCGGACGCAUCCACCUCCACUACGAACGGUAGUGAUGGAUCGGGAUGGGCCAGUACUGGGGCCGAGGUGAACAGAACCCUCAGGUUACUGAAGGCCCUGUCAGCCUCAGCAGACCAGCGGAUCCGGGACGGCCCACCCUUCAACAGAGAGGUGAUGGGAGCUGCGACCUUGCCAAAGCCCUGGAUAAACCUCCAAUAGUAGUUGGCAAAGCCAAUUAACCGCUGCACCUCCUUUACCGUGGUUGGAGUCGGCCAAUUACGCACGGCUGAAAUGCGAUCUCCCUCCUUCUCCACACCUGAGGUGGUAAUGCGGUAUCCGAGGAAGGAGACGGACUGUUGGAAAAAACAGACACUUUUCUGCCUUGGCAUAAAGGUCAUGUUCCAACAGUCGGCCCAGCACUUUGCGAACCAGGGACAUUCUGGAAUACACCAGAAUGUCAUCGAUGUAGACCACUACACCGCAACCAAGCAUGUCCCGAAACACCUCGUUCACAAAGGACUGGAAGACGGAUGGAGCAUUCAUCAAACUGUAAGGCAUCACCAGGUAUUCACAAUGCCCCGUGGUUGUGCUGAAUGCUGUCUUCCACUCGUCCCCCUCUCGGACAUCCAUGCCAUAACCAACCGCGUUACCACUAAGACCAGCUGUUGGUUGGUCUUAAAUAUCCCCACCAGUGCUGCCUGAAAUUGGCACUUUGGUGCACUAAGGACACACCUCAGAUAUUGCCACCCCUCCCACCUCAGCGCAAGCGAGCACAUAUAACACAGGUAAAUUACCAAUCCUUGCGCUAGGGUUUGAGAACAGAAUAGCACCGGCUUUAACAGGUCGAAAUUGUAAACAAGCAUGCGUUUGACAAUUGUGCUAGCUUAACGCUAGCCUUAAAGUUACUGCCACACAGAGAUUUUGUGUCUGAAAAAUGGAUAGAGCCAAUGGUUUAUGUAAUCUGUUGACGGAUGAUGGACAACGGAGAUCAUUGUCUGUCAAAAAAUUCACAAUAUGUCCGCCUUUGUGCACAUAAAACUUAGAUGAGCCGGUUUAAAAAUGAUGAAUGCAUAUGCGUUUUCAAACGUCUCUGUGUGGCCACAGCCUAUCCUGCUCACAAACCUGGAACUUUCUCGCAGCUCUCCCACUGACUCACGAUUUACGUGAAAAUUCGACGUGAGUUUGUACCUUGUUGGACAUGACCGUCUCCUCUCAUUGUCUCCUCUCAUAUUGACUAGCGUGGGUCCUUUUUAUGCUGCGUUUAUAAAUUAUGAGUAUGUUUCUGAUCAUGCUGUCUUGUCUUUCACAGAUACCUUGGUUGCAGACAGCGUAUGCUGGACUGGGUGCACUUGUCUUCACUUUGGUACUUUGCUUAAUCAUCAGUGAAUUAAUAACCACGUAACGAGUGUAUGAUUGCUGCGGUCUUGGGACAGGUGUCUCUUGUAAAAGUAAAAGUAAAAUAUAAUCACCUGUAUAAAUAUAAGGAUGUACUGUAUAUACACUACCAGUCAAAAGUUUGGACACACCUACUCAUUACAGGGUUUUUCUUUAUUAUUACUAUUUUCUACAUUGUAGAAUAAUAGUGAAGACAUCAAAACUAUGAAAUAACACAUAUGGAAUCCUGUAGUAACCAAAAAAGUGUUAAACAAAUCACAAUGUAUUUUAUAUUCUUUAAAGUAGCCACACUUUGCCUUGAUGACAGCUUUGCACUUUUGGCAUUCUCUCAAACUGCUUUAUGAGGUAGUAACUUUGAAUGCAUUUCCAUUAACAGGUGUGCCUUCAUAAAAGUUAAUUUGUGGAAUUUAUUUCGGAAUGUGUUUGAGCCAAUCAGUUGUGUUGUGACAAGGUAGAGGGGGGGGGGUAUACAGAAGAUAGCCCUAUUUGGUAAAAGACCAAGUCCAUAUUAUGGCAAAAACACCUCAAAUAAGCAAAGAGAAACGACAGUCCAUUAUUACUUUAAGACAUGAAGGUCAGUCAAUAUGGACAAUUUCAAGAACUUUGAAAGUUUCUUCAAGUGCAGUCGCAAAAACCAUCAAGCACUAUGAUGAAACUUGCUCUCAUGCGGACCGCCACAGGAAUGGAAGUCCCAGAGUUACCUCUGCUGCAGAGGAUAAGUUAAUUAGAGUUACCAGCCUCAGAAAUUGCAGCCCAAAUAAAUUCUUCACAGAGUUCAAGUAACAGACACAUCUCAACAUCAACUGUUCAGAGGAGACUGUGUGAAUCAGGCCUUCAUGGUCGAAUUGCUGCAAAGAAACCACUAUUAAAGGACACCAAUAAGAAGAAGAGACUUGCUUGGGCCAAGAAACACAAGCAAUGGACAUUAAACGGUGGAUAUUUGUCCUUUGGUCUGGAGUCCAAAUUUGAGAUUUUUGGUUCCAACCACCGUGUCUUUGUGAGACGCGGUGUGGGUGAACGGAUGAUCUCUGCAUGUGUAUUCCCCACCAUAAAGCUUGGAGGAGGAGGUGUUAUGGUGUUGGGGUGCUUUGCUGGUGACACUGUCUGUGAUUUAUUUAGAAUUCAAGGCACACUUAACCAGCAUGGCUACCACAGCAUUCUGCAGCGAUACGCCAUCCCAUCUGGUUUGGGCUUAGUGGGACUAUCAUUUGUUUUUCAACAGGACAAUGACCCAUCACACCUCCAGGAUGUGUAAGGGCUAUUUUACCAAGAAGGAGAGUGAUGGAGUGCUGCAUCAGAUGACCUGGCCUCCACAAUCCCCCGACCUCAACCAAAUUGAGAUUGCUUGGGAUGAGUCGGACUGCAGAGUGAAGGAAAAGCAGCAAACAAGUGCUCAGCAUAUGUGGGAACUCCUUCAAGACUGUUGGAAAAGCAUUCCAGGUGAAGCUGGUUGAGAGAAUGCCAAGAGUGUGCAAAGCUGUCAUCAAGGCAAAGGGUGGCUAUUUGAAGAAUCUCAAAUAUAUAAUAUAUUUUGAUUUGUUUAACUUUUUUGGUUACUAUAUGGUUCCAUAUGUGUUAUUUCAUAGUUUUGAUGUCUUCACUAUUUUUCUACAAUGUAAACAUUUUUAAAAAUAAAGAAAAACCCUUGAAUGAGUAGGUGUGUCCAAACAUUUGACUGGAAGUGUAUAUUUUUAAAGCCACAAAUGUGAACGUUAGUGAUAACUAGUGAGGAUGAAAAUUAUAAUAUUCUAGGACCUUGUGUUAAUCCUCUCUCUCCCCCAAUCUCUCAUUCUUUCUCUCCCUUCCCCUUCUCUCUCCUCCCCCUCUCUUCUGUAGUUCUUAGCCUUUGACGUGCAGCUGCUGAUGGGCAACCGGCGGUACUCUCUGAGUCCCGAGGAGCACGUGUUCGGGGCGCUGUGCCUCUACAUGGACGUGGUCUACAUCUUCGUCUUCCUCCUGCAGCUGUUUGGGAGUCAGGAUUGAAGUUGUACGACCUUGUAGUCACGUUCAAUAGCCGCUUUACUCUCUCUCUGCCUCUUCAAAUGCACACACCUACUCUGAUAGCCUUUCGCACUACUUCUGUUUGGUCACACUCACACAAGCACACUUUUGAGAGAAGAUACAUCUACAUACACACAUACUGGCACAUAUUUGUAAGCUGACUCAAAUACACACACAGACACACACGGUACACUCAGACAAACUCCCACAGCCGGACUGUGGGGUCUCUUAUAAAAGCAGGAUUUACAUAUACUUUUCCUCUCCCUGAGUUUCUCUUAUGUGUGCGGUAAAUGUAUUAUUUUUGGAGUAACAACUCAAUUCAAUUUCGAUUUUUUUAUAUCAUUGAAGUUGUGUAGGGCUAUUAUUCCUAGACUACUGUGUGUGACUG